AUGCAGCAGGAUCGACGCAGCGAAGAUCCGACGAUUACAACAACCCAACUACGACUCCCCUCCCCCUCGUCCCCGGCACAUCUCACCCACGAACUCGACCUCGACGACGACGACGACGCGCUGCUGCACGAGAUUGUGGGAGGAGUGCACAUUAUUAAUAAUCACGGCGAGUAUGAUUCUUUGCGGCGCGGAGGAGAAGUAAUCGAGGGGAAGAAGACGACUUUCAAGGCGAUUGGAGCACUGGAUUUGGCGGGGGGAUUGGAGAUUAGUCUGAGUCGGCCGGAGAGUUGUGCUGCACCGCCGAGAAAGGGAGUGCGGUCGCGGAGUAUGCCAGUCGUGGAGCGGGUCAAAGUGGUGGAGGGGGCGGGGAAUGGAAGUGGGAGGGAUAAGGAAACACAGGCACCAACACGAGGAAUGUCAACUAGCAAUCCCACGCCCAUGGACAGCGCUCCCAGCUCCCCACCCGCCCUGUCCUACUCCAAAUCCUCCAAAUCUUCAUCCUCAUCCAACAACUCCGAUGACGAGCUGUCGGAGAUUGGCUUGGCGGAGGCGACGGCGCAUUACGAGGAUGUGACAUUGGAGGACGACAAUAAUCUUCCCCCCGCGAGUCGACCGACAUUGAGGAGACCGGCGCCGAGAUCCUUCACUCUCCCACAGAAUCAUGCGGACUCAGCACGGAARUCCGGGAUCUCCCCAUCGCCUACAUCGCCGCCGGCUCCUCUGCAAUUACAAGCCCGAGGGAAUGGACUUCCGUCACGCUAUCCCAGCCUGUCGGGUGCCGUGGAUGGAGCAUUGCGCKAACAGACUCUGAGCCUGCCCCGCGGUGGACGACGAGGAGGAAUGCAGCGGGCGGCCAGUAGUCCCACGUCGCCCUUCCACCGUCAAUAUCCACAUUCCUCCACCCUUGCCGGAUCCCGCUCGCCCUCCCGCUCUCCCUCACCCGGUAGAUUCGUGUCCUCGCCCGCCGCACUUCCUAGCAGUGCUUCCACCGAGUCCUUGUCGAUACACCCACACCCGCACCUCCAACCCAAUCGAAAAUCCAACUGGCAGCCAGGUCGCAAGACCAUUCACGAGUUGGAGGCGGAAUGUAACGAUGACGAUGAUGAGGAGGUUCCGGAAGGAGCGAUCCUUGAGAAUGUGCCAAUUUCUCCCCUGCCCGGCCAACAUCUCUCACUGUUGAAAUCCCCACGCACGAGCUCCACCUCCCUCCCAUCCCUGCGCUCUCCCACCCCCAGCCCACACCGCCGACCUUCAUACGCGAAUCUCCACUCGGCAAAUAUCCCCAAACACGCCAAACGUCCUUCCGCUCCGCCGACGAGGAAUGGUCCGCUGAGAUCACCACGCUCACCACAGAAUGGUCGACCGCAGAUGAUGCCGCAUAGUGCAACCACGGGCCAGCUUCCUCCUCGGCACAAUCGGCAAAUUCGCGCGAAAUCUUGGACGGAGGAUCUGAAUGAGGAGGCAAGACAAUUGUCUCAUGCGCUAUUUGAGUUGGCGGACCAGAAUCCCCACGAGAGGAAACAUCGCUCAAUGCAUAACAGUCCUUCCAGCAGCCCACCGCCUUCAGAUAGGAGAGAGGACUUGGGCGCCAUUGCAGAACUACAACUCCCCACAGUCCCAGAUGUGCAAAAAGGCAACAUCAUGAUCGACCCUCUGCCGAUAUCGAAAGAGAAAGAAGCUGUUUUGACACGCACUCGACCUUCAUGGUUGCCUCCGAAAGAUCAGAAGGAGGAGAAGAGGCAUUUGAAAGAGUUUCAACAAAUGAUGGCUAGAGCUACGGAGACCGAGCGGAAGAGGGUGUUGAAAGAGCAGGAGAAUCGCGAGACAAAGGUGGAAAUGCAAGGGAACAUCGCCAGGAUAUGGGAACAACACGUCUUGCCGAACUGGGACCUCGUCGUCAAAGAACCUCGAACUAGGGAACUGUGGUGGAGAGGCGUCACACCAAGGAAUCGAGGAGAAGUCUGGUCAAGGGCUGUGGGUAAUGAACUCGAACUAUCCGAAGCGAGUUUCGAAGCUGCACUUGGGAGGGCGAAUGCUUUAGAGAAGAAAAUCGCGGAUCUCCCGGAUGAGGAGAGGAGUUCUUCCAAAGAAGCUGCCUGGUUCGAAGCCAUUACACGAGACGUCCCGGCCGUCUUUCCCGAAACGGAUUUCUUCGCAGGUCCCUCGGCCGCUCUACAUGAAAGUCUCACGCAGGUGCUCAAGGCUUUUGCAAUGUAUCGCAGUGAUGUGGGAUAUGUUUAUGGAACACAUCUGGUCGCUGCGGUCUGUUGCACAGUGCUUCCUGCUCCCAAAGCCUUUGUCCUCCUUGCGAAUGCGUUGAAUCGGCCAUUACCGCUCGCUUUCCUGGUACACGAUACUGCUGCGAUGCGAAAAGCAUACGAUCUCACCCUUUCGACUCUGGGGUAUAAAUAUCCGCGUCUGCACUCCCAUCUGCAAGAAACUCUGGAGCCGGAAGAGUGGUUGGAUCCAAUGUUUCGAUGCUUGUUCGCGUACCACUUGCCGUUGAAUUUGGUGAGUAGGAUAUGGGAUGUCUGGGCUUUCGAAGGGGAUAAAGCGUUGAUCAGAGCUGCUGUGGGGUGUGUGGGGAGACUUGAGGGGAGGUUAUAUGGUGGGAAAGAUGAAGUGUUGGGGGUUUUGGGGUGGGGCAAUGAGAAAGGAUGGGCGAAAGAGGUGCUUGGCGAGGAGGAAGAAUUCGUAGGGAAUUUCAGGGAGGCGGGCAAAGUUGAUGCUGAGAGGAAGAGCACUUAG